AUGGCCCCCCAACAACGAGUCGUUGCUCUUUCACACAUGAUACGCACCGAUAUAUGUACCCGCCAUAUAUGCAGACCCUGUCGGAAAUCCCGCCCCUCCGGCUGCGUUGGAAGUCUUAACGUCUCAGGACCAGGAAUCGACGGCAAUUCCGAGCGACAAGAUAUACAGUAGUCACGAAUCAAAAGAAAGCCGAUACUCAUCAUGCUGACCAGGCCAUCCUCCUCUAUUCAACAAUCACCGCGAAUCAUGCACGACCUCACUGGCAAAGUAGUCUUGAUCACCGGACUCGGACAGUCGCAAGGAGAUGGGUGGGGAAUUGGUGCGGCGACUGCAGUCCUUUUGGCACGACAAGGUGCCAUAAUAUUCGGAGGAAACCGUACAGUCGCCUCGACCCUCUGGACACAAGAUACCAUCAGAUCUGAAGGUGGUUCUUGCGACAUCGUUGCGUGCGACGUCACCGAUUCAACGUCCGUCAAGGCUCUCGUGGACGCUUGCAUGCAGAAACAUGGCAAAAUCGAUAUUCUGGUCAACAACGUCGGCAAAUCCGAGCCUGGAUGUCCCGCAGCGAUGUCAGAAGACGUUUGGGAUUCCCAGAUGGAUAUCAACUUGAAAAGUGUCUAUCUCUUAUGCCACCACGUCCUACCGAUCAUGGAGAGUCAAGGCAGCGGUGCUGUCGCCAGUAUCUCAAGCAUUGCUGGACUGCGCUACAUCGGCAAACCUCAAGUCGCGUACUCUGCCACCAAAGCUGCUGUGAUGCAGUUCAUGAAAGCCACUGCGAUCAUCUAUGCUCCCAACGGAGUUCGCUUGAACACUGUUGUGCCUGGCUUGAUGGAGACACCUUAUACACAAGCCCUCUCGACAAAAUAUGGAGGAGCAGGCGCCGAUCAGGAAAGCUAUCUCCGCAAGCGGGACGCUCAAGUGCCAAUGGGGAAAAUGGGAGAUGCUUGGGAUGUUGCCAAUACUGUUCUGUUUCUAGUUUCGGAUGAAGCGAGGUAUAUCACGGGGCAGAAGAUUGUGGUUGAUGGAGGCAUAACUUCGUCCACUGGUCGUGUUUGAACUUGAUUACUAAGAAGCUCAGGGUUCAUCAUCAACCACAUUUUUGAACUUCGUCACACUGUGCUUGCCGACAUCACCAAAUACAUAUAAGCUGAUCACUUCAGAUGUGCCUUCUUUUUCGACCACUAAAGUGAUAAAGCUCGUUGGUUUCAUCCAAUCUUCAAGUUCUCGAAGCGUCAGUGAUGUAGGUCAUUGGGGGAACCCUGGCAGAAGAUUCCAUAAUUGAACAAACGUGAUCAGCCACGUGAAUGGCGGCCAUGGGAUUCAAGGAGAACCCGCGGCU